GGUUUAGGUGUUCUAUUAAGAAAUUUCAUUGAAAUUAAAAAACCAAAGUAAGAAAAAAUUAAAAUGGAUAAGGGAUAUGAUAAUAAAGGAUAUGAAGCAGAACAGGCGAAAAAAAAUAUUUCUUGGAAUGCUAAUGUAAAUUUAAGCUCAACUCAAAUUAGUGAAAAAAUUCAAAUUGAGAAAAAUGAUGAUUACGACCCAUAUCAACACAGAGAAGAUAUUAAACAUCCAAUUAGGACCUCUGAAACUUUUAUUCAUUUAUUAAAAGGAUCAAUGGGCACUGGAAUUUUAGCUAUGCCAGCUGCAUUUAAAAAUUCCGGUUAUGCAUUAGGAAUAAUUUCAACAUUUUUAAUAGGAUUAAUAUGUUUAUAUUGCACACAUAUACUUUUAAGUACAAAUUAUGAAAUAUCUAAAAGGAAACGUGUACCAUUUUUAACAUAUCCGGAAAUAGCUGAAAGUGCAAUAGCUGGUGGUCCAAAAUGUAUACGAAUUUUUACACCGAUUAUAGGACAUGUUGCAAAAAUAUUUCUUAUUACUGUACAACUUGGAACCUCUUGUGUCUACGUUGUAUUUAUAUCAGAAAAUAUUAAAUAUAUUGUUGAUUAUUAUACACCAGCUGAAACACAUAUUGAUGUUCGUUUAUAUAUGUGUAUGAUAUUAUUGCCAUUAAUAUUAUUAAAUUGGGUUAGAAACUUAAAGUAUUUAGCACCUUUUACAACAAUUGGUAAUAUUGCCACUAUCGUUUCAUUUGGUGUAAUUUUAUAUUAUAUCUUUAGGGAACCGAUUUCAUUUGAAAAUAGAAAUCCAGUUGCAAAUAUUGAAAAGUAUCCACUUUACUUAGGAACUGUACUAUUUGCUUUAGAAGCUGUUGGUGUGAUUAUUCCUCUUCAAAAUGAAAUGAAAAAACCAAAAAAUUUUGGAAGACCAUUCGGUGUAUUGAAUGGAGCAAUGUUAAUUAUAAUAUCAUUAUAUAUGGGAAUGGGUUUCUUUGGAUAUUUAAAAUAUGGACAAGAUGUUAAAGGUUCAAUAACCCUUAAUUUGGCAGAAGAUGAAGUACUUGCCCAAUCAGUAAGAGGAAUGCUAUCAUUUGCAAUUUUUAUAACACAUGCACUUCAAAGUUAUGUUGCAAUUGAUAUUUUAUGGAAUCAUUAUGUUAAAAAGAGGGUAAAAUCAAAUUUUACUUUUUGGGAAUAUGUUGUUAGAACGUUUUGUGUACUGGUGACUUGUAAGUAUAAAAUUAUUAUCCAUACAUACAUUUUAAUUCUUCAUUUAUAAAAUUUUCAGUUAUUUUCGCAGUAGCAAUUCCAAAUUUAGAAUUAUUCAUUUCAUUGGUUGGUGCAUUAUGCUUUAGUGUUGUUGGAUUAGUUUUACCAGCAACUAUGCAGAUUGCAACAUGGUGGUAUCAUACAAGUGGCUUUGCUCG